AUGGCGUCUGCUGACCUGAGGGCCGAGCUGGACUGCUCCAUCUGCCUGAGCCUCUAUACAGAUCCCAUAUCCCUGAGAUGUGGACACAACUUCUGCCGCUUCUGUAUUGUGAGUGCGCUGGAUGCGCAGGAGGCAGCUGGAGUGUAUUCCUGUCCUGACUGCAGAGCAGAAUAUCCAGAGCGUCCAGCCCUGGAGAAGAACAGGAAGCUGGGGAACAUAGUGGAGCGUUUCUUAUCUGCUCAGCUUGAUAUGGAGGAGACCGGGAUCUUCUGUACUUACUGUAUAAGGUCUCCUGUACUGGCUGUGAAGUCAUGUCUGCAGUGUGAGAACUCUCUAUGUGAUGACCACCUAACAGCCCACAACAAGUCAGUGGAUCAUAUAUUAACAGAACCCACCAGAUCCUUUGGCUACCAAAAAUGUUCCCUCCACAAGAAGGUUCUGGAGUAUUACUGCCCGCAGGACGCGGUUUGUCUGUGUGUGUCCUGCUGUCUGGUCGGCGAGCACAGGGGACACCAGGUGGAACUUCUAGAUGAGGCGUCUGAGAAGAAGAAGAAGAAACUGGAGAAAUAUCUGGAGGAACUAAACCCACAAAAAGCAAAAAUGCAGACGAAACUUCAGAAUCUGCAGGAUCGUCAGAGGAAUAUCCAGGAGAAAGCCUCUGAUAAGAGGAAGAACGUCAGGAAGUUAUUUAUGGACAUUAAGGAGAAACUGGAAAUGGCAGAAAAGAAAGCGCUGAGCGAGAUCUCCAGGCAGGAGGAGAAGAUGGUGUCACAGAUAUCUGAUCUGAUCAAGAAGCUGGAAAUAGAGGAGGACGAGCUGUCCAGGAAGAUGCGUCACGUGGAGGAGAUGUGUCAUGUCACCGACCCAAUAAGACUCCUACAAGAAAGUGACAUUACAGUAUGUGGUCGUGGAGAUGAUGAGGACACAGGGGGAGAUGGUGGAGAGGGCAGGUCUGAGGAUGAUCUGGAUGAGGUUCUGAUCUCACUGACCUUACACCGAUCUAUGAGGGAUAUUGUCACCAAUGUCACAUCAGAGCUCGGGCUCCAUGUUCCAGACAUAUUGCUGGAUGAGGACACUGCUAAUAUAUACGUGGAAAUUUCAGAAGAUCUGAAAACGGCAACAGUAACUGAAGAAGAAGAACAUGGCAGACCAAAAUCACCAGGAAGGUUCCUGAAUUAUGCCCAGGUGUUAAGCAGAUGUGGCCUCUCCUCAGGAAGACAUUACUGGGAGUUAGAGUGGAACCAAAUAGGAAGAUGUGACAUCGGACUGUCCUAUCCCAGUAUAGAAAGGGAUGGAGAUCUGUCUGGGGCUGGUGAGAAUGAUAAAUCUUGGUGUCUGACCCUGGAAGAUACAGAAUACUCAGUGUUACAUAAUUCAGUCAAAGAAACGCUACAUUCAAAGCUAACAUGUCCAACACUUGGAGUCUUCUUAGACUAUGAGGCCGGGCGUCUGUCCUUCUAUCGGCUGUGUGACCCCAUCAGACACUUACACACCUUCACCGCCUCCUUCACUGAACCCCUUCAUGUUCUCCUCUAUGUGGAGGAUGAAGCCUCUGUUACGAUAUUAGGCUGA